AUGAAAAGACUGUUUGAAGGUUUCAAGGUUGCCAUUAUCAAGUCUGCGGACCUUCCAGAUGAAGAAGCAGAUGCUAUUGCCACUAUCUUACAAAAUCACGGUGUUGAGUAUAAAAUAUUUGGUAAUGAUUCACCACUUCAACAACUAGAUUUGAUCGAAGGUGAAUACUCUCAUAUCGCUUCAAACAAUAUUGAUUUUGAAUUGUAUACUUUCACACAAGAAAAUAUGAUUCCAGUGGUAACUAGUGAAUUUUUCCAUAAAACUGAAGAACAAAAUAAAACACCACCAAUUAGACCUUAUUCUCCGGACCCAAAACACGUUUUGAAAGAUAUUCAUGUAUGUGUUGGCGGAUUACCUGUAUCUGAUAAAGAAGCUAUUUAUGGGGGUGUUAGAGCUCUUGGUGGAUCAUUUUCUGAAACCUUGAAUAAAUUUGUCACACAUUUGAUUUCAAUUGAUACAGAUGAAGAUGCUUGUAUUGCAGUAUAUUCACUUGAAGAAUGUCAAAUCAAAGUUGUUUUACCAGAUUGGAUUGAUGAUUGUUUGAAAUUAAGGAAAAGAUUAGAUGAAACUCCUUAUUUAUUAGAAGAAGGUGAAUCUAUUGAUGCAAAAGUUGAAAAAUUGAAAGAACUUGAUAUUGUUAGUAAAGAUAAAAAUCUAAUUAAAGCACAAAAAAAGUUUCUUAAUAAGAAAUCAUUUUAUCUUGGUGAAGAUUUAGAAUUAACCAAAAGAUCAAGAGAUGUUAUUAGUUCAUUGAUUGAAAAUUCUGGUGGUGUUAUUAAUAAGUCAUUAACAAACGCACAAUGUUAUCUCGGGAAAUAUAGAGAAGGUGAAGAAUAUAGAUCAGCUAGUAGAAAAGGUUUACAUGUUGGUAAUUUGAAUUGGAUUUAUUGGAUGGUUGAACAUCAAAAAUAUAUUUCACCUUAUAAGAAACUCUUACAUUAUCCAUAUGUUAAACAUGGUAUGCCACAAUUGAAGAAAUUUGUUAUUACAUCAACAAAUUAUUCAGGUGAUGUUCGGAUUUAUGUUAAAAGUUUAGUUGAAGCUUUAGGUGCUGAAUUUACCACUUCAUUAAAACAAAGAAAUACACAUUUAAUAACAGCUUCAGAAACCGGAUCAAAAUACAACGCCGCUAAGAAAUGGGGUGGUAUUGCAGUUGUUAAUCAUCUAUGGUUAGAAGAAACAUAUGCUGCUUGGGAUUUAAAAUCAGUUGAUAAUCCUAGAUAUUCACACUAUCCAAGAUCAUUGAAAAUGAGCGAUAUUGCUGGUGAAACUCCAUUAGAUAUGCAAGUACUGAAACAAUUUUAUGAAGAUGGGAAUUCAGAUUUUUCUGCAAAUGUUAUAGAAGAUUCUGAAGCUGAAGAUUCUACUGCUGAUACUAUUUUACCAUCAGAUGUUCAUAGAAUUCUGACACCAAAAAAUCCAAAUGAUGAUAACAUUCUAUCAAAUAAAUCUGAAGAAGAUCAAGAAUCACCACUUAAAGAAAAUGUUGAAACAUCUAAAACCCCUUCAAAGGGUAGUAAAAAGAAUUCACAAGCUCAUGAAUCAACACCAAAACCUAAAUCAGUUAAUGUCUCCAAAAUAUCACCACCGCCAGUUCCUACAGAAACUCCAGCUGCAAAAUCAACAAUUUCUAAUAAUUCUAGCUCAACUACUCCUUUAUCUACUACACGUCCAUCAAGUGGUCGUAAGGCUAAAGAUAAAGCAGCUUUAAAAUUACAUGAAGAUAUGGAACAACUGAAUUGGUUUCAAAAACAUCAUAAAUCUAAAGAUAUUCCAUUGUUACCAGAGGAAAUUGAAGCUAGAAAACGUAAAAGAGCUGAAGAGUUAGCAGAAAAGGAAAAAAGAGAAAGCAGACAAUCAAGCAAAGAAAAAGAAGAUACACCUGAAAAGGAAGAACCAGUGUCAAAAGUCAAACAUGAAGCUUUACCAAAAGCUAAAAAAGCUAAAAAGACACCAUCAACUCCAUACAAUAUAAUUGCUAUUGCAACUGGUUGGGAAUUAAAUUUUAAUAGAUCUGAUACACAAAUCCUAAGUAAUCUUGGUAUUACAUUACAUAAAGAAUUUAAAAACAACAUUAAUGCCAUCAUUGCACCAAAAUUCAUGAGAACUGAAAAAUUUCUUACUGGGUUAAGUUAUCAAUUAGAUUAUAUUUUAUCACCAACUUUCCUUCAAGAAGUAUUAAUCAAAUUUAAAAAUGAUCCAAAUGAUGUUAAUUCAUUACCAGAUAUUUCCAAUUUUAGUAUCGAUGUUACAAAUGCGGAUUCUGUAAAAGAAUUAACUUCUAUAUCAUUAACAGAAUUAAUGGAUAGAUCCAAGAGAAGAAUUAAUUCAUAUGAUCGAAUUUUCCAUGAUAUGUGUUUUAAUAUAACACCAAAGAUUCCAGGUGGUGCAGCUAUUGUACAAAAAAUAUUAAAAGCUCAUGGUGCCAAUAAGAUCAGUAUUGUUAAAACUAUUAAAGAUAUGAAAAAUUUAAAAUCAUUAGCUAAAAAUCCAGAUGGUUCAUAUAUUAUGAUUUCAAAUGAAAAAGGUUUUAUUGAUAAGUUUAAAACACUGAUAGAAGGGGAAGAACAACCAGGAAGAGUCAUUGAAUGGAACUGGGUGAUCAAUAGUAUCUUCCAUAUGGAAAUAGACAAUACAAAGAAUGUGCUAUAUAGUAAUUAG